GCGUUUGAUGUGCAUGAUCGCAGUCCAGUGAUUGAGAGUCGUGCACGACCUGGGCUGACCGCGCAUCUGAACUGCAGCCACUCGGGCAGGCUUUACAACAACCAAACUGCAAAUUCUGCCAACUCGCCCAUGGGCAAUCGUCUAUGGCUCUGGUCGCAGACGUCAGCCGCUCUUUCUGCUCCAUCGGUUGUUGUCCGCUGGUACCGCGGCCCACCGCCCGGUAGAUUGAUAGAUCCCUCGGGGUCGUUUGAGGCAGCCGGAGAAUACAAGUACAUUAUCAGUUCUCUGGAGGGCCAUGGAGACGUGUUUAGUAUUGUCAACCCAACUGAGCCUGACGAUGAAGGUUAUUACACUUGCAAGUGA